AGUUACAUUAUGGCAUUCAUCCCAUAUCUAUAUCUCACAUUCACCUUUGUUGCAGCACAGAGGAACAUUUCGGUAACUCCUAGUCGGACAAGUCCUCCUACCACCCCAGGGCCAGUGAAGUACUGCCCUAUUGGCUGGUGCCUGGAUUCCAAGUGGUUCAAGAAGCGUCCGUGUAUAACUCCGAAGCCCUAUGUCCUGCGAGACUGUUGGAAUUUGUUCUGUAAAAUUGAUGCUAAUCAUCGGGGCUUCUAUCCCACGAAUUCUCAAGGGAGAAGACAAGGAACUUAUUGUAAAGAUUGGCAGGAUCCCAAUGGUCGAAUUUGUUUCCACGAUACGAGCCUGCACUGCCAGUGUGAUAAACUUCAUAUCACACCUUUUUCACCUCACCCAAGAGAUGGGUGGUCAGAAGCACAGCCAUGCAGUUAUCCCCCUCCCCCAGGAGUUUUAACGUCGCCGCCACCACCGGAUUUCAACUAUUCAUCGAGCACUGGACUCAGCAGGAGCGAUGGUUUACGCCUUAUCAUUUUAACUGUUUUAUCGCCGACAAUAGUCUGGGCGAUUUAGCCUGUCAACUCAAGCUGACCUUCCGGUUAGCAGAUGGAACGGCUGUGUUCAUCGCACUCGCCCGAGUAAUAGAUUAUCAGCGCAACUAAGUUGC